GCAAACAUUCAGUCGGACAGUCUGAGCUGCUCUCUGAUUGGUCCUUGCGCUCUCAGCGGUACUUCAAAGCCACGAAGACGCUACAACUACUAAAGCCUUCAGAGGGGAAACACGGACUCAUCACGGCCAGUCACCGCGCGCACACACACAGACACACACACUCGGACGAAGACAUCACAGCACAGACCAUGGCUGCUACACUGCUCGGGGAGGAGCCCCGGCUCGGCAGCGCACCCCUCGCUAUGCUGGCCGCCACCUGCAGCAGGAUCGGUGAGCCCAGCCCCUCUUGCUCCCCGGUUCUCUCCGAUGGCGCCCCGGGACUCGUGAAGGGCUUUCACCCUUGGAAAAGGGGCGCCCCGGGAGCCAGCUUCACCUCUCUCGGUGCUCCCUCUGGAGCCGGCAGGAGUAACGGGACCGGACUGACGGAGACCUCCAGCGCUUUCUCAGUGACCAACUCUCCCUUUGGAAAUGAUUAUUCCAUGUACCAGACCUCUGUGCCAUCAGACAACAGUGUUCCCGACCCUGCGCACGCACAACGGUCUGUGUUUCUGACCAAGUUCCCCUCCUCGGUUGAGGGAAUCACGGGGAUAUAUCCGAGGAUGCACACGCACCCAUAUGAAUCCUGGUUCAAGCCAGUAGGAGAUGUGAGUAACGGGUCUACUGCUUGGUGGGACAUGGGGACUGCCUGGGUGGACACACAGAGCCCGGCCGGGUUACCCUCUCAUCUGAGUGGCUACAGCACUGACUACAGCUCCGCCUUCGGCCCCGGUGCCUCCCAGCACGUGCUCCCCGCCACACAGCACCUAUUUGACGGCUUCAGGCCACCUGUCCCGACUCCCUACACGGAGUCUACAACGACACCUGCGCUGACAGGAGUCCCCGUCGUUUCUUUGCCCGCAUCCUCCCGCUCCUCCUCGAGGAGGUACUCUGGCAGAGCCACAUGCGACUGCCCGAACUGCCAGGAAGCGGAGAGCCUUGGCCAGGGGGGCACGAGCCCGCGGCGCAGGGGCUUACACAGCUGCCACAUCCCGGGUUGUGGCAAAGUGUACGGCAAGACCUCUCACCUGAAGGCACACCUGCGCUGGCACACCGGGGAGAGGCCGUUUGUCUGCAACUGGCUCUUCUGCGGGAAACGCUUUACGCGCUCCGACGAGCUCCAGCGACAUUUGCGCACGCACACCGGGGAGAAGAGAUUCGAGUGCUCCAUUUGUCACAAACGGUUCAUGCGCUCCGACCACCUCAGCAAGCACGCGCGGACGCACAGCGCGGAGGGUUCAGAGGAUGGCGUCGCGAAAGUGAGCAGUGACACGGACAAUAGCCUCUCUGGGAGCCCGAGACAGUCUCCCGGGGUGCACGUGCGUGAGACUGUCCAAACCACUAAGGGACAGAGUGCGGUGGAAUAACACGAACCAAGCAACAGGUGCGCUGCAAAAUCUGACAGGUUGACCCGACUUAAUACAAUAAUGGAAACAGAUUGCCUUCAGAAAGGAAAGUAAAUAUAACUAUAAAUCUUAAUUUAUGUGUACUUCAUAUCUAAAUGUUGUUUGCUCACAUUUCAGCUGUUUUUACGUAUUUACGUAAGCUGUUGCAAAUUAAAGUGAUAAUUGGAAUUACUUUGUGCUUUAAGUGAACCCAGUUAGUCUGAUUUAACCUGAUUUUGACAUGGACGGUUUUGCCAACAAUCAAAUGAAAAUUAUUUGCGUGUUCUGUUUUGUUGACAUUUUUAAGAAAAUACAAAUAUGAUUGACUAGUUCGCAACCAGCAGAAUACAGACGUAUAGCUUAGUAAAGUUGGGUUACUGAAGUAUCUAAAAAGUAAAACGAUUGAUUUAAUUAAACUUAAGGAUUUAGAUAUAAACUACACAUAAGUUAAGACUAAAAGUUAUAUUUAUGUACAUUUUUCAAGGCAACCAGUCUCCUAUCUUUAAAGUAAAAUCAACUUUUCAAAUUUUACAGUGUGGGCAUUUGAUGACACUGUACCAGACUGUGUGGAGUGUGUUUUUUUGGACACUUAAAAAACUGAAAUGGCACUUUAUGAUAAACUGCAGCUAUGGAUGAACACUGUGUCCUUAUACCUCAAAUAUGUUAUUUGUAAACUUCUUUAAAAAUAAAUUUUUACUCUACAGUUUAUCAGACUUGUGUUAUUAGAAGACAUGUUAUGAGUGCAUAAUUUAUUCUACAAUUAAACAAGUUUCCUGUCAUAUUAUUAUCUGGGUUAUUUCUUGACACAAUCAUGCUAAAUUUCAAUAUAAGGUAAAUCCACAUCAUUAUAGCUUAUUUCAGAAGGUGUCUGGAUGAAAUACAAGAUUGUUAUGAUGGGUCUCUGCUUGUAAGUCAUGAUUAUAAAUGGUUAUCAUUAAAAGGGUCAUUUUUGGA